AGGGGCGUGUGUAAGAUGGCGGCUCUCGGGGCGUGGGGCUCUGUGGCCGUGCCCGCGCGGCUGUCGCGCGUGGCGCGAACGCUGUGGGGCUGGCGCGCGCGGCGGGGGCUCGGGCAGGACGCGGGGGCCGCGGACGAAGGAAGAGCCGCCAAGCCUGCCUUUGCGGAUGAAGCGGUUCAGAAUCUGCUGUACAAGAUGACAGGGCUCAACCUGCAGAAGGUUUUUAGGCCGGUGAAAAAGGAGCUUAAGCCGCCCAAGUACAAGCUGAUGACAGAAGCUCAGCUGGAGGAGGCUACAAGAAAAGCCAUUGAAGAAGCUAAAGAAAAACUAAUUAUGCCCCCUGUUUUGAAUGAACGAGAGCCAAUUGAUGAUGUCUUAGCAGAAGACAAAUUCCUUGAAGGAACAGAAACUACAAAAUAUGUGUUUACAGACUUAACUUAUUCCAUUCCACAUCGUGAACGUUUCAUUGUAGUUAGAGAACCAAAUGGUAUAUUACGCAAAGCAACCUGGGAAGAACGAGACAGAAUGAUACAGAUAUUCUUCCCAAAAGAAGGGCGCAGAGUUAUUCCCCCAGUGGUAUUCAAGGAUGAACAUCUUGUGACUGUGUUCCAGCAAGACCGUCAUGAGGAUAUCCUUAACAUGUGCAUUGCUCAGUUUGAGCCUGAUUCACCUGACUAUAUCAGAGUUCAUCAUCGGACAUAUGAUGACAUAGAGAAACAUGCCAAAUAUGAUCUGCUUCGUUCAACAAGACACUUUGGAGGCAUGGUAUGGUAUCUAGUAAACAAAAAGAAAACGGAUGGCUUACUCAUAGAUAUGAUCCACAGAGACUUGCUGGAUGAUGCUACAAGUUUAAUUACGCUGUAUCAUAUGCUUCAUCCUGAAUGUCCAUCAGCCAAUGAAGCUAAAGAACGGAAACUUCAAGGAGUUGAUCUGAUCAAGAUAUUUGUGAAAACUGAAUCCCAGAGAGAAGGCUAUAUACAACUGGCUCUCCAGGCUUAUGAAGAAGCAAUGGCUACUUCUACAGCUUCAUGAAACAAGUCUUAGUUCAUCAUAAGUUUUUAAGUCUGUUAAUAAACAUUCUCUGUACAGGAUUCUACAAUAAAUACUUUGAACAACUGA